AGUCACGGGGAGGGCCUAGAUCUGUUAGUUUCAUUUUCUUAGAAGCAACAAUGGAUUUUGAAGGAAGUGCUGAGGGGGAUUUUUUCAAAGAGCAAAACCUUUUCAGAGCAAACGCUUAUCAACUGAUUGUGGAAAUGGAGGACAUGAGUAACCUAACAGACGGAGACACCUCCUUCUUGGUGGAUGAGAUCCUUCAUAGCAUCUUCUUUAUGGGAAAGAUCAUGUAUCUAUCAUUUUCACCUGAAGACAUCUUUCAUGGUGAUGAGAAGUUUUUGGAUUACAUGAGGGAGAUGUACCCCCGGCCCUUUGACCUCUACUCAUCCCAGAUACCCAAUCGGAGUCCGUUCUCAUGUGUGCUGGACAUGGUUGUACGCCUGUCUGGACCACAGGAAAAAGCGAGCUCACAAAACAACUUGCAGGAGAUACAAAACAAAUUGCGGGAGCUCAUCAGUAAGUUAAAACAACGUGAUAAUUCAAAGAUGUUGUUCUCCACCACCCUGUGCGUUUCCAGUGUCUCGGGUUCAAGUAAGUAUUACGGAGUCUCCAUGUCCACUCAUCGCAAGCCUGCCAGGCAAAUCAUGGUGGCUGCAGGGUGUCUGAGCUACUGGGACGACUGUGUAGCUGCGGCAGUGAUGAGCUACUGUCCUCAGAAAAGGAGGAAGAGUUACUUUGACGGAACCUUCCAGCUUCCUGCAGACGUCAGGUGUGAGGCCUUCAGCAUCGAGGGUCAGCGAAUGAUGGUUCCCUGCCGCUCGUGUAACAAUUUGUUUAACUUGGAGACAACAGAAACAAAAACAAAUCCUUAUGGAAACUGUGCUGAAACUGAAAGUUUGAGCAACUUAUUAAAGAAGGAAGAAAGAGUUAAACAGCAAGUUCAACGAUGUGUAAGUGAGAGAGUGAACGACCGGGAGAGGGCUGAGCGUGACGUCUUAAAGCAGCUCAAGCAGAUUCUGAAACCCUACAGCGGCUUCACAUGGGACAACAGUUACUACCGUCCUCUUGAUGUGUGACACGAGUUCAUUUUCAUGGUCAGAGUGUAUUUUAAUACCUUAAAUGUGUAUUUUCAAACAAAACCAUAAUGUCAUGUGCUGGGUUAUUUUUAAAUUCAAUGUAAAAUAAUGAAAAAGGACAAAAAUGAACAUCAAUGUUGACAAUAUUGUAAGCCACAAUUUUAAUAGUGUAUCUGAACUGUUGUACAACUUUCAUAGUGAAUAAAGUCCUGAUUGAAAAUAGAACCU